AUUGGUUUAUCGAAGAUCUACAGCAGAAAUAAGAUGCCUCGAAAUUCGGCCAUUGCCAGUCAGAAACAUUCCUAUUUAUUUGCAUCUGUACAGAUUUCGCCAGCCCAGCAGUUGCAAAAGCCUAAUCAGAGUGCCACGUUGUCCGUUCAUAAUCAACCCAAAAAGAUGUCGUAUCAAAGCAUCAUGAAUGAGCAUAAGAAUAAUAAUAAUCAUCAUAAACCUCCUUGCAAUUUUACCCCACUAUGUCCUCCCUCUCAACCACGUCGCCAGAUGGCGAUCGAACGCUUCACAUCGCACCGGCAUUUCCAGCUGGUAGAAGGGAUUCUUCAUGACGUAGUCGGCGUAGAGCUCGUACACUUUGCGCAUCACGGCGUCGACAUUGGGCAUCAGCGGAUCCGUAAACAGCAAGAAUUUGGUCCCCGUGAGGGUCUGGAAGCAGGUGAGACGGAAACGGUCGGUUUCGAGGACCUCGAUCCCCGUCUUGGGCAGGGAAGGGUUCGGGAGCGACCAGCCGGCCUGGGUGGGGGUCGAUGUGCCUGA